GGGUGCACAUGCACCCUGUGCACCCCCCUGAACACGCCUGAAAUAUAUUAUCAAAAAAGUGGGGUAAUUGGUUGUUAUCAAAUUUAAGUAAAGCAAUUUCAAAGGUGUUUAUAUCAUAGUCUGCCAAUAAACGCUCUUGCCUAAAUAAUGGCUCUAAUGGCAAUAAGAAGAGUUAGUAAUAAUUCGUACAACUUGUUUUUGUAACAGGAAAAUUCUAUUUAGGCAAGUGCUGUAGCUUGCAGGUGGUACUUAAUUUUCUUUCAUUUGAGCAGCCCUUCCUGUGAGAUGGUAUUUAUUUUGUUUGGGGAUGUGGCGGCUUUGUCUUUUUGUAAACUUAUGUUGUGUAUCCUUUAAAAAAAAUUUUUGACUUCCCCCCGCCGCAAAUUGUACAAAGGUCUGCCUCCGUGUAUUGUGAUCACGUGGUUCCUAAGAGCUUUCGUGCCAUAAGGUGAUCGUGUUGACUGUCCCGUGAAUCAUGGCCAACUACUUGGCCUUGUUGGAAUCGCGUUACUACUGACUUUUGUCAUUUCGAUCCACAAUGGAUCGCAAAGCGAACUCAGAAUAUCUUGCUGGCAAUUAUGAUACAGCUUUGGAACUUUACGAAGAUCUUUUGCGCGAAAACCCAGCAAGUCGAGAAUUUGUUUUGGGCAAAGCAAAGUCCCUUGCUCUGAUGGGUCGCGUAGGGGACGCGUACAAUUGUUACAAACGAGCAAAAAGUAAUGUGGAAAUUACAGAAGAGCACAUUGGUCCCUUUGUGGACGGAUUAGUUAAAAGGCUCACGGAUUUUCACGCUCGAAACAAGCAGUCAACUUUGGAAACAAAGUCUCGGAUCUUGUCGUGCGUACGAUGUUGUGGAAUACUGCUGGGUCCUUGUACGCUACCGUGUGGGCAUACUGUAUGCGAGAAGUGUUUGAGCAAAUCACAAGCCAAAAAAUGUGUAGAUUGUGGCGAAGACUACAGUUCUUUUGAUUUGAGGGUUAACGUGAUUUUACAAGAUACGCUGAAAAAAAAUUUUGCAAGCGAACUUGAAUCAGCUCGACUGAGAAUAUGUGGAAAUUUACUCCUAAAUAAUGACGAAUUCUCCAAAGAUGAGAUUCUGGAAAAGUAUAAAGAGGCGGAAAAACUAAACCCAAGGGACCACCUUCUGCAAAGCAACAUGUCACAUGUUCUUUUAUCAUUGGGAAAGUUCCAAGAGGCCCUGGAUAAAGCAGAGCAAGCAUGUCAUAUCAGACCUAAUUGGCCAAAGGGUUAUUACAGAAAAGGUUGUGCUUUUCUGGGUCUGGGACGAAAUGUAGAAGCAGCUGUAUCCUUUGUCCAGUGCUUAGCUCUUGACCCUCACAAUACAGCAGUGAAAAAAUCAGCCGUUCAGACUGUCCAUAGAAUUUUUGAAGCAGAAGCUAGCACUUGGAGCCAGGGAAAAACAUCAACAGAACACCUAGUGGAGGCAGAAUCGCAAGAACAGAGAGAAUUCAGCCUGGGCAACCCUGAGACGUUAUCAGGCGUCAUCAACCAAGUUGACAAGGAGGCUGAUGCUGUGUCAGUUGAUGAUGGUGAACCCUCCGAGAAAAAGCCCCGGCAAGAAAGUGCAAUGGAGAUGACAGUUGAAGAGUUUGAGUGUACUUUGUGUUGCAGGCUUUUCUACAAUCCUGUGACCACUCCUUGUGGACAUGUGUUUUGCCGUGCUUGUCUUAAUCGCAGUUUGGACCACCGACCCGGAUGUCCUAUCUGCCGAAGUUCACUCACACAGUUUCUAGCUGCAAGAAAAGAGAAUGUCACGGUUGCCAUCGAGAUGCUUUUGAAGACAUUUUUCCCAAAAGACUACGAGGACCGGAAACUACAACAUGAGGAGGAUAUGGCCAUGCUAGCAAGUAUUGCAAGUAACACGAGCGAGGAGAUCCCUGUGUUUGUGUGCACCCUUGCAUUUCCCUUGAUACCUUGCCCGCUGCACAUCUUUGAGCCUCGUUACCGACUGAUGGUGCGUCAGUGUAUGGAGUCUGGGGCGAGGCAGUUUGGCAUGUGCAUGUACGACGAUGAGCACGAUUUUUCAGAGUUCGGCACGAUGCUGGAGGUGAGGGAGGUGCGGUAUUUACCUGAUGGUCGCUCGUUCGUGGAUACAGUGGGUGGAAGGCGAUUUAAGGUGUUGAGUCGUGGUAUGCGCGAUGGUUAUAGUGUAGCCCGCGUCGAAUGGAUCCAGGAUGUACCUGUCUCGGAAGAGCAUCUCCCCGACCUCAAGGAGUUCCACAGAGCCGUGUACGACCAAGCAAGCCGUUGGUUCAACUCGUUACCUCUUCUAGUUAGGAGACGAAUCGUGCAAACAGUUAGCGAUAUGCCUGCCUGGCAAAACGACACAGAGACUCUGCCACACGGCGCGGGAUGGCUGUGGUGGAUGGUGACCGUGUGCCCCCUGGACCCGAAAACACAGCUGAGGCUUUUAGGCAUGACGUCACUCCGGGAGCGGUUGCAGGUCUUGCAACGAGUCAUAGCGCUAGUUUCUUUUUAAGCUAGAGCUCCUGUUUUGACGAGCCUUGAGGGAGUGAUUUGGGACCUUACAUUUUUAAAAGUCACAACGUUAGUUUCUUUUUAAGUUCGCUAGAGUUCCUAGGUAUGACGAGCAUCGAGGGAGUGAUUUGGGGCCUUAAUCAUAAAGAGCCACAACGUUAGUUUCUUUUUAAGUUCGCUAAAGCUCCUGGGUAUAACGAGCAUCGAGGGAGUGAUUUGGGGCCUUACAUUAUAAAGAGCCACAACGUUAGUUUCUUUUUAAGUUCGCUAGAGUUCCUAGGUAUGACGAGCAUCGAGGGAGUGAUUUGGGGCCUUAAUCAUAAAGAGCCACAACGUUAGUUUCUUUUUAAGUUCGCUAGAGUUCCUAGGUAUGACGAGCAUCGAGGGAGUGAUUUGAGGCCUUACAUUAUAAAGAGCCUAUGAGCCGCCAUCUUGUCAUCCUAGCAAAAUACCACGUGAAAGAAACAACCCAUUUCCAUCGACUGAUUUAGACAAGCUAUUUCGAUAUUGGCGAAUGAAUUUGGUAAAUGAAAUUUCGUCACAAAAUCGUCUUCCAUAAUUUAUAUUUAAAAAAAAGAAAACUGUAAUAAAUAUUGUUGCUGAUUUGGUCUUUUAGUAAUUGGGAUCAAAAGAAUAAAUCAUUACUUGAAGGGGGAUAGAAUUCAUUUGAGCUAGGGUAAGAAUACUAGGGUAAGAAUACUGUAACUUAUGAAAAGAACUCAAGGGAAAUUGGUUAGAUAUCAAGGGGUUGAGCUACUAGGGUGAGAAUACAUUAACUUAUGAAUGGCAAAACUAAAGGAAAUCAAAGAUCCACUGUAAAUUUUCUAGGAAUUCUACUGCAAGCAAAGAAAAGCUUAAGAUCCUGAUCUCGAUUUCCAUCCCUACUUUGUGAGCAGAGUGAAAUUUUCUCCAGGCUGUAGUAUAAGAGUAAAUGAUAUAAUUUUGUUAUAACAAGGGGGUAAUAAUAUUAUUGAUAAGUUAUCAAUUGAUCACCCAUACUAGUGACUUACCAAGAGCUAAUUUUGACCUGUUUACCCCCUGUGUGGUGUGAAUGUAAGAUGUUUAUGUUUUUUUAAUGUUGAAACCCUCACUUGUGUAACCUCAUAACCCACUUUUUAGUGCAAAGACAUUCAAGAUAUUUUCGGAAUACGGUCCUAGGAUUUGUAACAGCUCUGUCACAAUUAGUUUGCUAUCUUGACAUGGGAUUAGUCUCACUGUUCUGUGAAUUCAUAAAGGACUGCUCUUUUAACAAGGACUACUGUUUAAACUAACUUAGAUAGUUUUUAGUUACUUUUUCAAGGUGUAGUGUAUUAGUGUCUUGUAUAGUUUAAUUUCCAAAUUUCCCCUUUGUAUUUCCGUAAAUGUCUAAAAUUAUAGUUGUUUUUUAUUAUUAUUUUUAUUAUUAUUAAUAAUACUAGGUACUUAGAGGGAGGGCCAUAUAUUAAAAAACUGUAAAAGGUUAAUAUGCAACCCUCGUGAAAUAAAGUUCAUUGUAUUGCAUUGUA